AUGGCCGCGCCGCGUGUGACACGGCGCCCUGCGAGCGCGCGCAUGCGCAAGGCGCCAUGGGCCUUUUUGCACGAGUCAGACAGUGGGCCGGCCUGCAGUGCGCCUGGUCCGCGUCCUCAUACGCCCAGCUACCACCGCCCCCUCCUGCUAGACACGCCUGCGUCGGCGCAGCAGCUGCUCGCGUGGUUUGAUGCGACCCAGCACGAUCGGGACAUGCCGUGGCGCCAGCCAUGGAUGGAUCCAGAUGCACCGCUUCCGAAGCGCGUGUGUGGAUCGGCGUCGGCCUCGGAGGCAGGGGGCGCGGCAUCCCGCACCGACGCGCUGCAGAAGCGCGCGUAUGAAGUGUGGAUCUCCGAGAUCAUGCUGCAGCAGACGCGCGUCGAAACGGUGCGCAGCUACUGGCACGCGUGGAUGGAUAAAUGGCCGACCAUCGAGGCUCUUGCACAGGCGUCGUUGGACGAUGUGCUGGCAGCGUGGCGCGGUCUUGGCUACUACGGACGUGCUCGACGGAUCCACGAGGCCGCGCAGAAAGUCGUGCGCGAGCUAGGAGGGUGCCUGCCAGAGUAUGCUGACGCGCUAGGGCGGGACAUCCCCGGGAUUGGGCCGUACACGGCCGGCGCCAUCUCGUCGAUCGUGUUUGGCCAUGCCGUGCCGAUCCUCGAUGGCAACGUGGCGCGCGUGCUCAGCCGACAGACGGGCCUGUACGCGGACCCCCGCGCAAAAAGUACAGCAGACCUGCAGUGGGAGCUGGCACGCCUGCUCGUUGAGUCGGUAGCACCGGGCCGGCCCAGCGACGUGCCAGGCCGCUGGAACCAGGGGCUCAUGGAGCUCGGGAGCACGUUAUGCACGCCGACCCGGCCCGGCUGCGAGGAAUGCCCGAUCCAGGCGACGUGUCGUGCGUACGCGGAGGGCACGCGCUACGAGGCAUCGCUCACCACCCCGUCCGAGACGCCGGCCGUGCCGUGUGUGGACGUCGAAGACCUGUGUACGCAGUGCGUGCCGCUCCCCGACCCAGCAGACGCGGACGCCGCGCCUGGCGGGCCGGCGCCCAAGAGCGCAAAAAAGCUUACGCAGAUGACGCUGCAGGGCUUGGCCGCCGCGCCCCCGACUCGAGACAAGGGCCGCGGCGCCGUGCCGCUGCGGAUCCGCUACGCGCAGCUGUUUCCCAUGCGCGUUGCGAAGCAGAUGCCGCGCUGCGAGGUGCGCCGCGUGUGCGUUGUGCGGUACAGCAGCGCCGAGGGCUCGUCGCCGAUGUACCUGCUGCACCAGCGGCCACACGAGGGCCUCUUAGCGAGCCUGUGGGAGUUCCCUACCGAGGUGCUACCGGAUGAGCCAGGCGAGUGCGACCCACAGGCCAUGGAGCGCGGCGCGCGCGCCUUUGUCGAAGCGUUGGACGUGCCUUCGCUCCGCGAUGCGCCCAUCACGCUCCGCGCGGACGCCGCACAGUACCUAGGCACCGUGCGACAUGAGUUCAGCCACCUGCACUGGCUCAUGCACGUCGUCCUGACCGACGUGUCGCUGGGGCCGCCUGCACCCCCAGCGCCUGGCGAAACGGUCCGUGCGCGCCAAUGGCUCGAUGGCCCUGGUGUUGAGGACGCCCCGAUGGGCAGUGGCCUGCGGCGGUGUUGGGCGCUGGCGCUUGCUCGAACAUGA